GAGGAGCCUCAUAGUAACGCAGGUGGUCAUUUCUGUGCGCUUCUGCGUACGUCAGCUGCAUGUGUCGGAGUGGGAGCAUGGGCAAAGUUUUUCUUUAAAUUCUCGUAAUGUAAAUAUAUCUGCAAUUAAGAUGGAGAGAAGAAGAACGUUUUCAGGUGGUCUCAUCAAAGGAAACUCCGACAGUUUCCUGGUAUUUUCUUGGGAUGACGCGGUCACCUGUUUCACUCACGAUGCAGCCAAACUUUGCGUCCCCGUUUAUCUCACUUUUCUGUCUGCGCUACUUUUAUUGCUGUCCUGUCUUCUGGUGUUGUGUCCGAGGUUCAAAUUUCGAGGGGAAUUUAGCGGUGACAACAUCAUGGUUUUCUACUGCUUCCUCGGUAACCUGUGCAGCACAGUGGGAGCAGUUCUGUCCAGGCAGCUACAUUUACAGGUCUUCAUGGGUGCUUUUGCUGCAGUUAUGGAUGCUAUAAACAGUAUUAUGUGCUGCCUUCCAGUUUUCCUGUGCUGGAACUCAACAGCCCAAAGGAAACAGAGGAUGGUGAAGAGGAGAAGGAGGCAGCAUCUCCUGGCUGUAGGUGUGUUGAUGGUAGUUGCUGGAGGCUUCCUGAAGUCCAGAAUCACUGAUCCUCCAGUGAUGAAGCCGGCCAGCGAAAGGAGACUGCUGCGAGUCCUUCUCCAAGUGUCCAGUUGGAGUCCUUUAAUGGAAAACAAUGAAAUCCUUGGUUACAUACUUGGGCUGCUGUCCCUCGUCAUUGCCUGUACCUCCAGGUUCCCUGCACUCUGCAGAGCAAGAAGAGGGCAGAAGCUGAGCCGGGCCUACAUUUUCUCUCGGUUGCUAUGCUCACUGUCGGGUGCCCUCUACACAGCAGCCAUCCUCCUCUGUGGUACUCGGUUUGAGUUUCUUAUGAGAGUGAUGCCAUGGCUUCUGUCAUCAAUAGGCUGUAUCUACCUGGAUCUGCUUAUUUUAGUCAUCACCUGGUGCAAGAGAGGAAACGGGCAGCGGUCAAUGAGAUUUUCUCCAGACACAGAAAGCCUUUUAGGUGGUCCUGAUGUCCACGGUGAUGAUCCCGUUGUCAUUAAACGACAGAUAAAAAAGCAAAUACCUUCAUCAGCACAAGCAAAAUAUUCAACCUUUUCCUCAAAGACAAAGAAUGUCCAGAAGAUGACUGAGAUGGGUCACUAUAUGGAUGUCAGUGUUCAGCCUGCAAGAAAACAAAAGUCCCUUAAAGAAGUGACUCUGUCUGCAGACGGUGCGGAGGAUAGACCUCUCCAAAAGAUGGUGCGCGUGAUCCGAGUUGACAGCCUCUGCUCAUCCGAUACAUCCUAUGACUCUUCACCCAUCAGCUCUGAUCUUGAGGUGUGGGAUUUCGGAGCAGCAGUUUCCCAAUGGAGUAAACCAGCUACGAAACCACAAGAAGGGGAUGAGUUUCCCCUUCAAGACUGGCCAACAAACCCCAAACCUUUAAGUAUCUGCAUGCAACCCCCACAGAAAACUCUGUCAGCUGCAGAUGAGUGUGGCUCUGUUGUAAGCUGAUCUCUUUGUCCAACAGCUCUGCUGCAGUAAUUUACAAAUUAAUAAAGAGUGCAAACACUGAA